AUGUCUAAAUCUUCCAUCCAGAAUGCUGUGGGCAUGGUUUGGAAGUGUAGUUCUGUAAAUGAGGUUCUCAAAGAAGCAAAAGUUACUGUGAAGAAGGAAAAACAAAGAGGGAUAAUGAAGCUUUGUGUCUUUUUGCUGCUGUUGAGCCUAUUCUGCGAGUGCCUUGAUGCGAAUUUGGGCAUCAAAAUGAAGUUGACACAGAAAGGUUUGCACUAUGGCAUGCAGGUUGGACUAAGGCUCCUGAAGGAAAGAUUACAGGGAAAUACGUUUGAGGACAUAAGUGGGGAAGACACAUCUGGAAUUACUGGACUCGACUACACAAUUUCAAAGAUAAGAAUCAAUAAUGUUGAAUUCCCAAAUGCAUCUGUCUCUGCCAUACCUGGGACUGGCAUUCAACUGUUGGUUAAUGAGGCUUCAGUAGAUUGCAGUGCAGACUGGAGAGUAAGGAGCUGGGUGUCCAGCAGAAACUCAGGAAACAUGACAGUCUCCAUUUCUGGAGUAUCUAUUACAGUUGUUGUGUCGCCCUUACGGGAUGAGGAAGGACGCCUGAUGCUCUCGCUUGAAAGCUGCCACGGGAAAGUUAAUGAUGUUGCCAUCGAGCUGGAUGAAACAGCUGGUUAUGUGCACAGAAUUUUUGCUAAUUUUCUGAAGCGGCCUCUCCGCAACACCUUGAGCUCCAGUUUGUGUCCAAACAUUGGUUUUGGGAUCCAACAGAUUAAUGAACAAAUGAGACAGCAUCAAGUCCGAACCCAGAUCGAUGCUUUUGCAGUAGUAGACUACUCCCUGGUAAACGCACCAGCUAUCUUCACUACAUCCAUUAACCUGGAUUUAAAGGGGACGGUAUAUCCGGUGAAAAUGGAUGUAGAGCCUGCCUUCAAGCCAGCCCCUUUCACUCUCCCAGGGACCACUGAUUUUAUGCUCUAUAUAGGAGUCUCAGAAUAUUUCUUUCAGUCUGCUUCACUGGCUUAUUUCACUUCUGGAGCCUUCAAUGUCUCUACUGCAGAGGUUGCUGAUCGUUAUGCAAAGCCACUUCCAGUAAUGAUGAAUCCCAUAGCAACCGCUACACCUGUGAUCAGUCUCAAAAAUGGCAGUUUUAAACUUGAGUUUGCUGGUUCCAUAGAGGUGCUGGCAGUCCUGCCAAACUCAACCACCCAGUCCAUGUUCACCUUGAACGUAACGGCCGGAACCAACGCCAGCGUCACCAUUUUUGAAGAAAAACUGAUGGCUGCUUUAUGUCUAGACAGUUUCCAGCUUUCCUUGGCUCACUCCAGUGUUGGGUUAUUCAAGGUUUCCCUGUUGGAGAACUUCAUAUCUUACGUUUUACAAAAUGGAAUAAUUCCAGCUGCUAACGCCAAACUGAAGGAAGGAUUUUCCCUGCCUCUCUCAGACAUGAUUCUUGUGAAACCUGUUGUAACAGUAUUCCAGGGCUACUUGCAGAUUUCCACCGAUGUGGCUUACAAACCCAGUGACAAUUGGAGAGACUUGUGGAGACAAUUGGAGACACUAUCAAAUUCUGAAGAAUUUUUUGUUAUAUAA